GAUUACCAACAAAUAUACGAAACGGGGUUAAUUUCUUAUAAAGCUCACAUAUAAAAUACUUGCUUACAGAAGGAAUGGGUAAAUUCAUGCCCAUGCCCUACAUUUAUAGCGCAAGAUAACAUAAAAAUCCGCUACAUAAUUAUGAGUUAUCAAUUGGCUGCUACUGGUAAACAUGGCCGCCUCCACGACCACUGUGUUUAUCGUGCUCCUCUCUAUAUUCUGUGUGUUCGUCGGUUCAGGACUGCGCUGCUCAGCGGAAUCAUGUACGGGGAGUGGAGGGGGUGAUGACAGUAAGUGUGCGGGAGCGACAGACGGCGAUGGAGCGGCGACUGAGUGCGGAUGCGGUGCGGCAACGAACAGACAGACCGCUGACGACACUGCCGCGGCAGACGCGUCGUCUGUGCCGCCGCCAGCAAGCGCAGCCGACGACCUGUACACGACGUACCCGCGCACAAACCGCAUGGUGCGCAUAGAGGGUGGCACGUUCACGAUGGGCACCGACGCGCCACACUUCCCGCAGGACGGUGAGGGCCCCGCGCGCCGCGUCACCGUCGACGCGUUCUACGUCGACGCGUACGAGACGAGCAACGCCGAGUUCGCGCGCUUCGUCGCCGCGACGCGCCACGCCACCGACGCCGAGACGUUCGGCGACUCGUUCGUACUCGAGGCGCUCAUCAGCGAGCGCGUCAAGAGCGACAUCACGCAGGCCGUCGCCGCCGCCCCCUGGUGGCUGCCCGUCAAGGGCGCCGACUGGCGGCAUCCGGAGGGCCCCGACUCGGAUGUGCGCGGCCGCAUGGACCACCCCGCGGUGCACCUGUCGUGGCGCGACGCCGAGAGCUACUGCGCGUGGGCAGGCAAACGGCUGCCGACGGAGGCCGAGUGGGAGAUGGCGUGCCGCGGUGGCCGCGAGAGCCGGCUCUACCCGUGGGGCAACGCGUUCAUGCCUCGUGGCGAGCAUCGCGCGAACACCUGGCAGGGCGAGUUCCCGCAGCACGACUCCGGCGAGGACGGCCAUGCGGGCACGGCGCCCGUCGCCGCAUACCCGACCAACGCGUACGGCCUGCACAACGUCGUCGGUAACGUGUGGGAGUGGACUGCCGACUGGUGGACGACGCGGCACGCGGCGGCCCCCGCGAGCAACCCGCGCGGCCCCGCGACGGGCAGCGACCGCGUGAAGAAGGGCGGCUCGUACAUGUGCACGCGCGAGUACUGCUUCCGCUACCGCUGCGCCGCGCGCAGCCAGAACACGCCCGACAGCUCGGCGGGGAACCUCGGCGUGCGCUGCGCCGCCGACGCACUACCUGAUUACCUCGCGCAGUCCGCCGCCGCCAGGGACGAGCUGUGAGCUCUAAACAGGGGGCGCCACUGCCACGUCGUUGGGCUCCAAGCGAGGCAAUGAGGGCGCUGCCGCCACAUCGUUGGGCUCCGAGCGAGGCAAUGAGGGCGCCACCGCCACGUUGUUGGGCUGCAAGCGAGGCAAUGAGGGCGCUACCGCCAGGAAAGAUCCGAGAGGCAUGUGUGUGUGGGUGUUGCUACCGCACUGUCGGCUUUUUGAGCUACUAGCAGGGAGAGACACCACGGCAUUGCAUUAGAAGGGUUGUGAGCCCCUUGGUCUGAGGAUGCCCCCUGAGUGUCGGCAGGGAGACUGGCUGCGAGACACGAAUACAGAGAAAAGUGAUCGCUGUUUUUAAUCGGUACUUGAUUGAGCAGGCAUUAUUCCACGAGUGAAACGAACAGGAGUUCAGCUUGGAUCAGUCUGAAUGGUAUUUUGGUUCAAAAUCGAUUCGAAAUCAGCAGACAGUGAGGGCAGCAGCUGCAUGCAGUGGAGAGGUUAAAUACACCACAGCUACUGCUGUGCACUUAACAAGACAUACAAUUGUAAUUCGAUGCAUUUGUUUUGUAAGAACCAAAUAAUUAUGGUUGACACCAUGCAAUGUUCCCAUGCAAUGACGUCACAAUUUAUUUUUACUCUUUUAGAUCGAAGCAAUAAAAUCAUCCUUCUAAUCUAUGA